GUUGUCAUGUCCUCUGCCAACACUUCUACAACCGAGCCACCAUUUACGUCCAAGCUGAUCGUCUUCAUAACGCUACAACAAGCCGUGUUUGUUCUGGCGUGUGUGGGCAAUAUUUUUGUGAUCAUCAUCUUUGUGAAGUUCUUAAAGUUGAAGACAGCCACUAACAAAUUUGUCGUAAAUAUGUCCAUCGCUGACCUAUUUACCGGUUUUACGUCGGGAAUUCAGGUCUUGUAUUUUCUGGUCGUCAGUCUAAACACUAACAUGGUCCUGUGUUUUUUGCGUUACCAGGUUUUAAGUCUUGUAACCAUUUCCUCCCAGUUAUUAGUAACGUUUACAACCUUCGAUCGUUUUGUUGCGAUAUGCCUGCCUCAUCACUACAAAAACUUAAUGACCAAAAGAGUAUCAAAUAUACUAGUCAUUGUGGCAUGGGUAUUUGGAGCUCUAUUGUUUCUUAUUCCUUUUGUGGGUGCUCAUAACUGGGACUCGGGUAUCUUGUGUUUGUAUCAUGUACUAUUUCACCGAUCCGUUUAUCUCAUCACGGGGUUUUCUAUGUUUAUUUUUAUGGCAAUUUCAGUUGUUUUGUAUUGUUUUAUCCUACAUAAGGCAUGGAAAUACCAAACUCGAAUAAGACCUGGAAAUUCUCUGAAUGUUGAAAGACAGAAAAAGAUUGAAAAAGACAUUCGUAGCGCUCGUAUAAUGGCAAUCGUUACAGUGGCAUUCAGCAUUUGCUGGGCACCAUAUACCGUCUUUCAAAUUCGAUAUGGUUUUGGAAUAGUCAAUAAUGAGCUUUAUAGUCUUUCAAAUUGGUUGGUUUUUCUUGGAAUUUCAAAUAGUAUUAUGAACCCUUUUAUCUAUGCAUGGCAACGGAAUGAUUUUAGACAAAAGUGGUUCAGACUUAUGCCUUGCUGUGGCAAGAACUGGGCUGGGAGGGAUACAUCCAUGACACAAAAUGUUUCCUCCAUCGCCAGUUAGGUUCUUUGUUAGAAAUUGGUGUAGGAGUUUUUUUUAUCGGGUUAACGUUGUUUGUAAGCUUGAGGGACCAGCUCGAUCAUUAUUUGUUUGAGUUGUUUGUUCUUUUCCGAAGAGAAAUCACGUUGACUUCAAUAGCUGGAUGCACUAGAUUUUCUCGAAUUCUGAAGAGCUUUUUUAAAGAUUUCUUGAAAUCUUGUCGAUGCCAGGUGAAAAUGAAUGGGUUCAUAAUGCUGUUUAACAUUCCUAAAAAUACUAACCAGUUCAUGGUUAACAAUUCUGGUAAAGAAUACACAACCCCAAGGCCGAUUCCAAGAGGAAACGUUGAGAAUGGAGCCCAACAAAUGGAGUUGAACAAGGUCACUAAGCCCCAGACUUUAGCGGACUUGACGUCAUUUCUUAGUUUCAUUCUUUUUUGGCGAGUUUGAGAAGUCUCGAACGUAGGUUGUCGUCUGUUUAAAAAUGACCAUGCUCUUUUCAGAAUCAGAAAAUUCAUGAAAAAAGAAGACAACAUGAAGGAGUAAAAAGAUAUUGAGUCAAUGAGAUAAAUAUACUUAUCGAAUACUAGAUGGUAGAAACAGAAUUGCAGAUUGUUCCAAUUAUCCUGGGUCAUAAAAGGCAAAAGACCGACAACAAGAGCAAAAGACCACGCUAAAAUAAUGAAAAAGAUCCCCAGUGAUUUCUUCAUAAUGUUGUUAUAUCUGUGUGGAAAAUAGACUGCUACAAGACGGUCGAGAGUGGAAAACAAUAACGAAGACUGUGAAGCAGUGGUCAUAAUUGAAAUAAUGCGGUACCGUAGAAAACAAGAUACUUUGUUUUGGUCUAUAUCAGGAAAAAGGAAGUAGAAAAGUUGACUUCCGCUCGCAAAACCUGUGCAUAAGUCUGUAACUGCUAAACUGACGACCAUUCUAUUGCUGAACGAGUUGAGUUUCAGGUACUUCAGAAUCACGACAAUGACAAUGAAAUUUCCGGUAAAAGACAAGAGAAACACGCAUUGCUGCAGAGUCAGGAACAGUAUUAACGAGGGAGACGGAGUGGUAGG